AUGCCGCGUUUUUCCCAUUAUGAAACUGCCUUAGGCUCACAAUUGUUUGAAAAGAUCAAAAACUGUCGUGUUUUAAUGGUCGGCGCUGGUGGAAUAGGAUGUGAGCUCUUAAAGAAUUUGGUCAUGUCUGGCUUUAAUCAAAUUGAACUGGUUGAUCUGGACACGAUUGAUCUUUCCAAUUUAAAUAGGCAGUUUUUAUUUCAAAAGCAACAUAUCAAGAAAUCAAAGGCACAGGUUGCUCGUGAAUCAGCUCUGAAAUUCAAUCCAAACGCUAACAUAGUCGCGCAUCACGCUAAUAUCAAAGACCCUCAAUUCAGUAUCGAGUGGUUCAAAAGAUUUGAUAUUGUCAUGAACGCUUUAGAUAAUCUUGACGCAAGGCGUCACGUCAACACUAUGUGUUUAGUCGCGAACAUUCCACUAAUCGAAUCAGGUUCAGAAGGAUAUCUUGGUCAAGUGACAAUUAUAAAAAAAGGAGAAUCUGAAUGUUAUGAAUGUCAACCUAAACCAACCAGAAAAACUUAUCCAGUUUGUACAAUUCGUAGCACUCCGAGCAGUCCAAUCCAUUGUAUUGUUUGGGCAAAGAGUUAUCUUUUCAGUCAAUUAUUCGGAAUACCUGAAGAGGAAGAUGAAGAACUAGAUAAAGAACUUAAUGACGAGAAUGCUGAUGAAAUUGCAAAUCUCAAGGCGGAAACGCUUGCUCUUAAACGUAUAAGAGAAGCGAUAGGAUCACAAGAUUACCCUAAAAUAGUUUUUCAAAAGGUUUUUACCGACGACAUUAAUCGUCUACUAAUAAUGGAAGAUAUGUGGAAAACCAGAAAGAGGCCAGUUCCUCUUGUUUAUGAAGAAAUGGAAAAACUUAAAGAUACAAAAUUACAAACGGACCAAACUACUGAUUCUAAUACCUUAAGAGAUCAAAUAUUAUGGAAUUUAACAGAAAACUUUUCUGUGUUUUUGGACAGUAUUAAAAGACUAAGCAAACGAUUACUUGCCGAAAAGUCGACUAAUCCAGAUGCAUCAUUGACAUUUGAUAAAGACGACGUCGAUGCCAUAGACUUUGUAACAGCAACGUCUAAUUUACGCGCAAGAAUAUUUGGUAUUAAAGAAAAAACGCAAUUUCAAGUAAAAGCAAUGGCCGGUAAUAUUAUUCCAGCUAUUGCGACAACUAAUGCAAUUGUUGCUGGAAUGAUUGUGAUGCAGGCGUUCAAAGUUUUAAAUGGUGAUUUCAAUGAAUGCAAGACAGUGUAUUGUGCUCCGGAUAGACGACCAAAAUCAAUUCUUUCAGAAUCUUUAAAUAAACCUAAUCCUGAUUGUUCAGUUUGUCAAUCUGCACAUGUUACCUUGAACGUUAAUGUUAAGAAAGCAACCUUACGAGGUUUUCUCAAAGAGGUCGUUCAAGGACCUGACGAAGGUGAGGAGGACAUUUGUGAAGUUUCUGUGGAGGAAGGUGGAAGAAUUAUAUAUGAUGUCGAAUAUGAUGACAAUCUUGACGUGACAUUCGAAAAAUUAAACAUAACUGAUGGAAAAAUGGUUAAAGUAACUCCUGAAAGUGAAGAUGAAGAAAAAUAUCCUACCGUUUUUGCCAUUUCUCAUAGAGAAACGUUCGAAUCUCCAAAUACUUGGUUUCAUGUUGAUGGUGAUACAGUGCCUAGAUCUCACACGCACGCUAAUUCAAAUGCUCAUAAAAGAAAGCUUGACGACUCUGAAAUUGAUCCUCAAGAAGAGUCUUCUCGUAAAAGACCUGCUGUUAUUGAAAAUGAGGUUAUCGUUCAAGACGAUGAUCUUAUAAUGACUGAAGAUGGUCCUCAAAGGCUCAUUGUCAUUGAUUAG